GCCGGCGCUAAUUGGCCGGACGGAAUCACGUGGGUGAAGGCCUGCCAACAUGGCGCCGCCCGGAGCUUGCAGGGUAGGAGUAGGAGGGACAGCGAAGGAAGACUAGGAGCCCGAGCGACAUGGGGGACGGCGAUCUCUUCGACUCUGAAAAUUUUCCUCCACUGAAAAAUGACACGUUCCUCAGAGCAGCAUGGGGAAAGGUAACUGACUAUGUCCCUGUCUGGUGUAUGAGGCAGGCAGGAAGAUAUCUCCCAGAAUUCCGAGAGACACGAGCAACUCAGGAUUUCUUCACAGCUUGUCGCACUCCAGCAAUUUGCUGUGAACUAACAUUGCAGCCUCUCCGAAGGUUCCCGUUGGAUGCUGCUAUCAUUUUCUCUGACAUUCUAGUGAUACCCCAGGCAUUGGGGAUGGAGGUUACCAUGGUUCCAGGAAAAGGACCAACAUUUCCAGACCCACUGAACGAGCCUGGGGAUCUUGUCAAGUUGCAGGAGAAUGUAGAUGUGGCACAGGAACUGGCAUAUGUGUUCCAGGCUAUAAAAUUAACCCGCUACGAACUGAAGGGAAAAGUGCCUCUUAUCGGCUUCUCUGGAGCCCCGUGGACAUUGAUGGCUUACAUGAUUGAAGGAGGUGGCUCAAAUACAAUGGCUAAAGCAAAACGCUGGCUGUACCAGUUUCCAGAGGCUAGUCAUAAGCUGCUGAAAAUUCUAACUCAUGUGAUUGUUGACUAUCUGGUGGGGCAAGUUACAUCAGGUGCUCAGGCCCUGCAAGUGUUUGAAUCUCAUGCCGGGCAUCUAGGAAAUGAGCAGUUCACCGAGUUUUCGCUGCCUUACCUCAGGGAGAUUGCUCAUCAAGUGAAGGAAAAACUGAAAGUUUUGGGCCUGGAUCAAGUGCCCAUGAUUGUAUUUGCAAAAGAUGCCCAUUAUGCCUUAGAAGAUAUUUCACAGUCUGGAUAUGAAGUGGUGGGGUUGGACUGGACUAUUCAGCCUAAAGUUGCACGUGAAAGAACAGGAAAGAAAGUAACCCUUCAAGGUAACAUGGAUCCUUGCGCACUGUAUGCAUCUAAGGAUAAAAUAAGCGAAAUAGUGAAGAAGAUGAUUGAAGAGUUUGGUACACAGUGCUACAUUGCAAAUCUGGGGCAUGGCAUGUAUCCUGAUAUGAAUCCUGAACAUGUGGCUACAUUUGUGGAUGCUGUCCAUACAUACUCACGACAGAUAUGCAAGAACAAAUAGUAUAUAGUACUGACAGUACUAUGCUAUAGAAAGGAUUCAACUGCUUGGAACAAUGUUGAAUUGGAAGAGUUGCACUGAUAAUCAAUAGAAGAAUAUGUUUUAUAUGAAAUAAAGAUUUUAUUUCAACUGAA